ACGGCGAUGAUAUUCGAGAAAUCCGGGUCCAGUCUGCCGCCCACUGUCUCCGCCAUCGUUGUGGGCGUCAUUCAGCUGGUGGGCUCCUAUGUGUCCACUCUGUUGGUGGAGCGCGCAGGUCGCAAGGUCCUGCUGCUCGUAUCCGCGGUUGGCAUUUGUCUGAGUCAGCUGAUCAUGGCCAGUCACAGUUACCUGAAGGUGCUCCAGUACGACACGUCCGGCUUUGACUGGGUGCCCGUUGCUGCGUUCUCAUUCAUGCUGUUCAUCGCCUCGUGGGGCCUGUUGACGCUGCCUUUUCUGGUCAUCUCGGAGAUAUUGCCCCCGAAGAUACGCAGCACCGCCAUUAUGGUGCUUAUGUCCAUUCUCUGGCUGCUCUCCAUGUUGGCCAUUAAGCUCAUUCCGCUGCUCACCGCUACGUGGGGCAUGCAUGGGACGGUGCUCUUCUUCGCCAGCUGCACCCUCGCCGGGGCUUUGUUCAUUGCCAUCUUUGUGCCCGAGACGAAGGGCAAGACAAUUGAAGCCAUUUUGGCGAAUAUAUAGUUAGUUGUGAAUGGAUAUUAUUUGUGCAUUUUUA